GGCGCGAUCCGGAGCCCAGGCCUCCAGGAGCCACCAAGAGCUGCGGCCAGGAGCUGCCACCAUGUCGGGAAAAUUUGAGAUGACGAACAUGGACAUGAAGUUGGGGACCACCCUGAAGAUCAAGGGCAAGAUUGCCAGUGAUGCUGAUGGAUUUGUGAUUAAUCUGGGCCAGGGGUCAGAGAAGCUGAACCUGCAUUUCAACCCACGCUUCCGUGAUUCCGCCAUCAUCUGCAACACACGGGAUGGCAACUGGGGGCAGGAGCAGCGGGAAGGUCACAUGUGCUUCAGCCCAGGGUCAGAGGUCAAGAUCACCGUGACCUUUGGGAAUGACGGAUUUGAAGUGAAGCUGCCAGAUGGGCACCAGCUGACCUUUCCCAACAGGCUGGGCCACAGCCAUCUGAGUUACCUGAGUGUGCAGGGCGGCUUGAAUGUCUCCUCCUUCAAGAUUGACUAAGUGGAUAGCACCUCACCAGAGUGAAGACCCCGGGUACAGAUGCCCUCUCCAGAGCCUCUCUACCCAGUCACACAGGACCAGCAGCCGCCCAGCAGUUCCUGCCCCUGGGACCCUACUCUCCUCCACUAAAGCGAAGAACAAACAAAAAGAACCCGCCUUUAUCCAGUCUUUCUGUGGCCGGUGUUUUCCAUACAUUGUCAUGCCCCCAGCAUCCUCAUGAUACAGAGAAGGAAACUGAGGCACGAGAUCACAGGGCUUCGAGGUGGGGGUUGGGAUGUGCUCCCAAACACGUCCAAGCACCCGUGGCUGCCCUGUGGGAUUACGGGGCAGGCACUGGUUGCAGGCACCUGGGCCAGGGGCUGUUCCAGGAACUGUAGAUAAGGCUCCCACCUGGGCCUCUUUAUCGCUGGAACAUUCAUUCCAGCCUGGUUACUCAUUACCCCCUGCCUCGGCCCCUCCCCUCACUGGGGGCCCUGGGGGUG